AUGGCAACGUCGGGAACAUACGUGAGGGAAGUUACGUUGAAAGGGUCAGCAGAGAAACACUACAAGAAGUGGAGGAACGAGAACCAUACCUUCCCUGACAGCAUUGGCCACCACGUCCAAGGUAUCACCAUUCACGAAGGCGAAUGGGACUCUCAUGGGGCCAUCAAGACUUGGAACUACACAUGCGAUGGGAGGCAGGAGGUAUACAAGGAAAGGAGAGAGUUAGACGACGAGAAGAAAACAGUAACGUUUAGAGGACUUGAAGGUCACGUGAUGGAACAGUUCAAAGUGUUUGACAUCAUUGCUGAAUUUAUUCCUAAAUCGGAGGAUAGCUGCGUCUGCAAAAGCACUAUGAUAUGGGAGAAACGUAAUGAUGAUUUCCCCGAACCAGGCAGCUACAUGAAACUCUUCACGAGCAUGGUUUCUGACAUGGAGGACCACGUCCUCAAAGCUUAA